CCAGGCGCGCUCCCCAGAAUGGGCGGGGCACGUGGACGUGCGGUGUUUGUAAGUAAAUAAACGCUCCCGUGUUGAUCUGUUCGGUGAACGCGCUUCGGACACCUAGUGACAGAGGAGUACAUAGGCUGGCCUGGGUGUGACACUCGUUGGAGGAGUUUGGUGGUCGGGGCUGGUUGUGGUGAAGUGGGUGCUGUGUGCAGUCCUUGUUUGUCAGGCUCCUGUAUGUGUCAUUAGUGUCCUCCCUGUAUGUGUGUAGAACACAAGGCCAGCACUUGUGUAUGAGUGUUGUAGAGGCCAGGCUCAGCACCCACCAGCCUACUGUACAGCCCUGAACUCCAAAUAUGGCAGCUGAGGUGCACCAGCCAGCCCCUGUCAGGGAGGUGGAGAGAGGUGAAGGCCAGGACUCCAUAGAGCCCAAGGCUCAGGGCCACAACAAGGAGAACGACCAGAACACACCCUCCCAGAUCAGAACUAUGGAGGCCCCGCUACCAAAGGUCAAUCCUUGGAUCAAGAAGAACAGCGGGCCCUCGCUGAGCAAUGUGUACGGGGCCCCGGGGCACGCAGACCUGCCGUGUCCCGCAAAGAUUGUAAGAGCUGCAAAACCCGUGUCUAAAAAGGCUAGCGACUUCAGUGACAUAACUAACUGGCCAACACCGAGUGAAACUGCCAACCAUGUGUACCAGCCGAACCUUAUAACUCCCCCCAACAAAAACUCAUAUUCUAAAAAGGAGAACAAAAGCGACAGUAAACCUGAGUGGAAAAGUAACCCUGAAAGCAAAGAGAACUGCGAGGUUGUCACUCCUGGCCAAAGCGAGGAAGGGCCUACAGCGGCUGCAAAGAAAAAGAUUGCCAAAAAUAAAUGGGUUCCAUUGCACUUGGAGGAAAAGAAGUCCAAUAAUCAGGAAAGGCCUGCUUCUCAGACAGAUUCUCCAUCUGAACCAAAUACAUCUAAACAUUUCAGACGAGGGCACCAUACACAUGGGUGGCAGCGAGAUAGAAAAAGUGACCUAGAUGAAGUCUCAAGCACAAGAAGUGAAUCUAGUGUUACCAGGGAAAGCUCCAGAGGACGAGGAAGAGGAGGCCGUGGAAGAGGCAGAGGAAGAGGGCAUUCUUAUUUUCAGUACGGUGUCCGUAAGGGGAAUGAGCCCUUUCAGUCUGACUUGGUUGAUAACCGAAGUAUGAUGUAUUGCUACAAUUAUGGAACUGGUGUCCAGAUGUAUCCUUUAGAUGCAAAGCUGCUGAAAGAGUACCUGAAACGUCAGAUUGAAUAUUAUUUCAGUUUGGAAAACUUGGAAAGGGAUUUUUAUUUGAGAAGAAAAAUGGAUGCCCAAGGAUUUUUACCUCUCUCCCUGAUAGCAGGCUUUCGUCGGGUGCAGUCUCUGACCACCGAUGUCAGUAAGAUUUAUGAGGCUUUGAAAGGCAGCACAGAGGUAGAACUGGUGGACCAGAAAAUAAGGAGAAAAGUAGAUCCAGAAAAAUGGCCCAUUCUCUCUACUCCACCUCAAGAAAUGAAACGUACUGACUUUACCCGCUUCAUCAACUGCCCUGAGUUUGUACCGGGAAAGCUGCAGGCCAAUCACACAGGAUCUGCUCCUAAUUCUCCUAGGAAAGGAAGUCCUCUGUUUCCAGAAAGAAGUUCAGAACCCAGCAACCUGCAGACAAUGUCAAAAUGUUUAUCUGCAAGUCUCCCAGAUCUGGAUUCUGAACAGUGGAUUGAAGUAAAGAGAAGACACAGAGCCUCUCCUACAAAGCCAAAGGAAGCAGAGAGCCGUCCAGUGACUCCAAAACAACACGUGACCGAGGAAGUGGAGCAAGAAGAGCUGGACUUCAUGUUUGAUGAGGAGAUGGAACCCCUACAGGGACGCAAAAAUAACUUCACAGACUGGUCUGAUGAAGACACAGAUUAUGAGAUUGAUGAUCAAGACCUGAAUAAAAUCCUUAUUGUUACACAGACCCCACCUCACCUUAAGAAGCAUCCAGGUGGAGACCGUACAGGAAAUCACACGUCACGAUCUAAAAUGACAUCUGAACUAGCCAAGGAUAUUAACGAUGGGCUGUACUAUUAUGAGAAAGACCUAUGGAAGGAAGAUAGUGAAACGGAUCAUCUAGCAUUGAAGCAAGAAAUAGAAAACUUCAGGAAAUUAAAUCUCAUCAGUAAAGCAGAGUUUGACAGUCUUGCACCAGAGCUAGCAGUUCAGCCAGAUACCGAACAGUCCCCGCCAAAUAUUCCCAUUUUUCCUCAAGGUGUUCCAGAAUCUCCUGUAUCCAUACCUGUUAGAACUCCUAAAACUCCCCGUACUCCACGCCUGCAGGAUCCCAGCAAGACCCCACGAUUUUACCCCGUGGUAAAGGAAACCAAAUCCAUGGAUAACCAGACCCCAAGAAAGAGGAAAACCCGACACAGUUCAAAUCCACCUGUGGAAAGUCAUGUUGGAUGGGUAAUGGAUGUCAGGGAGCACAGACCACGGACUUCAUCAGUGAGCAGUUCUAAUGCUUCUCCUUCAGAAGGCACCCCACUUGUCGGAAGCUAUGGGUGCACCCCUCAUUCUCUGCCCAAGUUUCAACAUCCUUCUCAUGAACUGUUGAAGGAGAAUGGAUUUACGCAGCAAGUGUACCACAAAUAUCGGCGACGGUGCCUAAAUGAGAGAAAAAAAUUGGGAGUCGGUCAGUCCCCAGAGAUGAACACUCUGUUCCGCUUCUGGUCCUUUUUCCUCAGAGAUCACUUUAACAAGAAAAUGUAUGAGGAGUUUAGGCAGAUCUCUGUUGAAGAUGCCAAAGAAAACUACAGGUAUGGCCUGGAGUGCCUUUUCAGGUUCUACAGUUAUGGACUGGAAAGGAAAUUUAGACCAGAUAUAUUUAAGGAUUUUCAAGAAGAAACUCUGAAAGAUUAUGAAACUGGUCAACUGUAUGGACUGGAGAAGUUUUGGGCUUUUCUUAAAUAUACCCAAUCCAAAAACCUGUCGGUAGAUCCCACACUGCAGAACCACCUGAGCAAGUUCAAGAGACUGGAAGACUUCAGAGUUGAUCCUCCAAUAGCAGAAGAAUCGGGACGCCGCAGACAUCCAUCUAAUUCAGGACAUGAGGACUCCGGCCGUCGAAGACACCGCUCAGGCUCCUCCAAGGCCAGUCAUACCACUAAAUAUUCAGCUGGCAGUCAUUCUCAGGACUCCUCUUAACCUGCGUUCCCAGGAAGCUCUUACCAUCCAGGACCGUAAUGUCAUCUUCGGUAAUCAUGGAUAUUUGAGAAAUGGACUCAAAGGUUUUUAUGGCCAAACCAGCAGAUUGGUCGGCAGUAUUAGAAACAGCAGAUGGAACUUUGAUCCAUUGUGUGAUUUAUGUGGACGCUGUGAAGUUUUAUAAGGGAGUUGAGGUAUGGUUUGCUGGGAGAAAAGAAAGGUACUUGGUGGUGUUCACAAUGUGCAUUCCUAGUUAAUAUGCAAUUAUUGGAAUGCCUUCUUUUCAGCUAUUGCUCCGAUACCAUUUUUAAACCAGCCAUAAUAGUGCUUUGUUCAACUGGCCUAGUUACAAACCUAUGUGUAGAAUUGUAAAAAAGAAAAAGCACAAAAAAAUAACAUAUUUUAUGCAUAGCAAUGAUAGAUUUAUUUUAAGCAGUAAUUGUAGAUGAUGCAGGGGUUUGAUUUGUAUGGAUGUUUCACGUCUUCUAGGAACCUUUGUCACAAAACUAAAUUGUAUUAUUUCUUUUUUUUGUGUUAGUAUGACAUCAUGAAUACAUUGAAAAGGAAAAUCUCAUAUUUUCAGUAUACAUUGGUACCUACUAGCUCUACCUUGUUAUAUGUUUUCUAAACUUUGCUAGUUCUUGAGAUCCCAUUUUUACAGAACGUGAUGUUCCUGCAAGAAUGAAUAUCGUUUAGGGAUAAAACAUCGAGCAGAUGUUAAGUGUUAGUUCUUGCCAGCAAAUUUCAGGAAAAUAUACUGUAUAUAUAAUUUCUUUCCUUUCGGAAAACCAUGUCUUAUAUUCUAAAAACAUUUCAACAGACAGAUCUAUGAUGUUUGUUUUAACCCAUCAAAGCAUUUAAUAGGCAUGUUCCUUUGGUACAGUUCUUGGUGCUAUUAAACUUUAAAUGUUUCGGUAUGUCCAAUAGGAAAUCGUUUUGCCAGAGGGUUUGGCUACAGGGAAUCUCCUUUGACUGCUAGGAGUUCAGUAACUACAAAGCAUCGUUGUUACUUGUGGUUGCAGCACUGUGAUAUGCUACUCCUUCCAUUAGUACUUGAGGCCAUUGCUUAGUUGGUGGUGGUGGUAAGUUACAGGCCAUUUUCGAUUUAGGUGGCAUAGUGUCUGCUGAGCUGAAGCUACUAAAGAAUUCCC